AUGAAGCCAACCACCAAGGAAGACAUCGAUCCAUUUGAAGAAAUCAUCGAAGGUGUCAAACACGCCAAAGGUGUCAAAUAAGAUACAGAACUUGAUGUUGAUGAUCUUAAGACUCUCGUUGAAAAGUAUAAGGUUGCUGUCAAAGCAAAAACAGGAAAAGAUUUCCCAUAAGAACCAUAAUAAUAAUUAUGGAGAGCUAUUUAAGCUGUGUUUGAUAGUUGGAACAAUGAUAGAGCUAAAUACUACAGAAUUCUUAACAAGAUCCCUGAAGAUUGGGGAACUGCAGUUAAUGUUUAAGCUAUGGUUUUCGGUAAUAUGGGAAACACAUCAGCCACUGGAGUUGGAUUCACUAGAGAUGCAUCAACAGGAGAAAAUAUUUUCAAUGGAGAAUAUUUGAUCAAUGCCUAAGGAGAAGAUGUCGUUGCAGGUAUCAGAACACCAUAAUAAAUCACUUUGAUUGGAUCAAAAAGAUGGGCUGAAUUAUAAGGAGUUCCUGAAGAUGUCAGAAAAAAUCAAUUCCCAUCAUUGGAAGAAUCAUUACCAGAAACAUACUAAGAAUUGAAGAAUGUCUAAGAAAAAUUAGAAUAACACUUCAAAGAUAUGUAAGAUAUUGAAUUCACUAUUCAAAAUGGAAAAUUAUGGUUAUUAUAAUGCAGAAAUGGUAAAAGAACUGGUGCUGCCAUGGUUUAAAUUGCUUGUGAUUUAUUAAGAGAAGGAAAGAUUGAUGAAAAGACAGCUCUUAAGAGAAUUGAACCAAAUAAAUUAGAUGAAUUAUUACAUCCAAUUUUCACACCAGAAGCUUUGAAGACAGCCAAAUUUGUUGCCAAGGGAUUACCAGCAUCUCCAGGUGCAGCUUCAGGAUAAAUUGUUUUCUUCGCUGAUGAAGCCAAGAAAUUUGCUCAAAGUAUUUUAGUAAGAAUUGAAACAUCUCCAGAAGAUUUGGAAGGUAUGAACAUUGCCAGAGGUAUUUUGACAGCCAGAGGAGGUAUGACAUCUCAUGCUGCCGUCGUUGCAAGAGGUAUGGGUAAAUGCUGUGUUUGUGGUGCUGGAUCUUUGAACAUUAAUUACAAAUAAAGAACACUUGAAGUUAACGGAAAGGUUUAUGCUGAAGGUGAUUGGAUUUCAUUGAAUGGAUCAACAGGAGAUGUCUUUGAAGGAAAAUUAAAAACAUAAGAAGCAUAACUCAGUGGAGAUUUUGGUUUGAUUAUGGAUUGGGCUGAGAAAUACACUAGAAUGUAUGUUAGAACUAAUGCAGACACACCAAAGGAUGCUUAAAUUGCCAGAAAAUUCGGUGCCAAGGGUAUUGGAUUGACAAGAACUGAACAUAUGUUCUUUGAAGGAGAAAGAAUCAAAGCUAUGAGAGAAAUGAUUUUAGCAUCAGAUUUGGCAGGAAGAUAAACUGCAUUGGCAAAAUUAUUGCCAUUCCAAAGAAGUGACUUUGAAGUAACAAUAAGAUUGUUGGACCCACCCCUCCAUGAAUUCGUUCCACAUGAAACUGCUUAAUAAUAGGAAUUGGCUUAAGAUAUGGGAUUAACUUUAGAUUAAGUUAAAUAAAAGGUCCAUGAAUUAGCAGAAUUCAACCCAAUGUUGGGACACAGAGGAUGCAGAUUAGGAAUUACAUAUCCAGAAAUCACAGAAAUGUAAACAAGAGCCAUCAUUGAAGCAGCUCUUAACAUCAAAGCCAAGGGUAUGGAUGUUAAACCAGAAAUUAUGGUUCCAUUAGUUGGUAAUGUUAAUGAAUUAGAGCACUAAUUGAAAGUUGUUAAAAAGACAGCUGAAACAGUAUUCUAAGAGAGAAAGGACACAAUUCAUUAUUUAGUCGGAACUAUGAUUGAAGUACCAAGAGCUUGCUUAGUUGCUGAUUAAAUUGGUCAAAUUGCUGAAUUCUUUUCAUUUGGUACCAACGAUUUGACUUAGAUGACACUCGGAUUCUCAAGAGAUGAUGCCGGUAAAUUCUUACCAUAUUACAUUAAUAAUGGAAUCUUGAAAGUCGAUCCAUUCUAAGUUUUGGAUAGACAAGGAGUAGGAAAGAUGGUUGAAUUAGCAGUCAAGAAUGGAAAAUCAACAAACCCAAAUUUGAAGGUUGGUAUUUGUGGUGAACAUGGAGGUGAACCAUCAUCAGUUGAAUUCUUCCACAUUGUUGGAUUAGACUAUGUCAGUUGCUCACCAUUCAGAGUUCCAAUCGCAAGAGUUGCAGCAGCCAUUGCCAAUUUAACCUAUCCAUGAGUAUUUCAUUAAAAAUAUAUAAAUAUUUAUUAAUUCAAAA